AUGACCUCCCCAGCAUCGCCAAACACCCUCUCGGCGAGCAACCUGCAGGUUCUCCCUCCUAUUUUGACCGACAACACAGUCAAGCCAUCUCCGAGCGCAAGGGAUCGCCUCUCCACAUACUCAAAUAUCUCGUUCGUCUCCCAGAAUCGGUCACGGCCUGGCUCCCACGUGUUCCCCAUUUUCCACUCCAGCCUCCCCUACGCCUUGGUUCGAGACUUUGCCUACCCGUCAAUCCAUCCGUUGCACUAUGGUCCCCCUCCACCACACGCCUCGGGUGUGUCGACCCCCGCUAGCGAAUACCGUCGCUUGUCCGAUCCGCCGACUUCUUGGGACACCGCGAAGGGCCCGUGGGCGACAGGCGGUUGGAACACGGAAAGCAACCAGGGCCACCAACAAUUGCCUGCCAUGUCGUUCGGUGAUGGACCUCCAUAUAGUGAAGAUGAAGACCUGCACAGUCCGGUAGUGACCUCGUCGCGCCAGCGCAAGAGGUCCACUGUAAGCGGUCUGAACGGCAUGGUGGAUGAGCACGGCAUGCUGGUCGCUGGAAAUGCAGACCGUGGUACAUUUGUCGGUCUCAAUCCCGAUGGAAGCGAGACCUACUAUGUUAAUGGCGGGGAUGGAAUGGGAGACGGCCCCGGUGGAGAAUAUGUGACAUACCCAGCAAAUGAAGGACGGUACUCGGUAGCAUAUGGCGGCCAGCCAGGCUAUGCGCAGGAACCUGGCUUCGAAUCAGAGGAUGACUAUACACGUGGAGAUCGAUAUUCGAACGAUUAUCAAUUUGCUGUGGGAUGCCCGGACGAGGAGAUGCACGGAAAGGCCGUCGCACUCUUUGACUUUGUGCGCGAGCACGAGAAUGAGCUUCCCCUCACCGAGGGCCAGGUGAUCUAUGUCUCAUACCGGCAUGGCGAAGGUUGGUUGGUCGCCGAGGACCCGAAGACGGGAGAAAAUGGUCUCGUGCCAGAGCAGUUUGUUCGGCUUCUCCGAGACAUUGAAGGUGGAUUGACCUCGUUGAACGGGGAGCCCAAUCCGGAUGCCACUGAAGGCAGUUUAUCAGCCAGCAUGGAUACCACCGAGGAUGAACAUAUGUCAACUCCUACUCAGGACAACCACAGAGGCACAAAUGGUGAUACCCCGUCUAUACCUGUUGAAAACGCAGAGCAAUCCAAAUCUACAUCAGAGACGGGAAAGACGGUUGGAGGCCCUGCUGGCAAUCGAUCUAGCUUGAUGACAAGGACUUGA